GUCAUUUGUAUUAAAAUAAAUAAAAGCAAUAUAAUCUAAUUUUCAGCAUAUUUUUAACACAAUUAGCUUACCAGCAACAUAAAUGAAGCUUCUAAAACCCAGUUGGGUUAAUCACGAUGAUAAACCAAUAUUUUCUGUGGAUAUUCAUCCUACGGGAAAGCGUUUUGCAACUGGUGGACAAGGAGGGGACUCCGGGAGAGUUGUUGUUUGGAACUUGAACUCUGUUUUAUUUGAGGCAGUUGAAGUGGACCCAAAUGUACCCAAAAUGCUCUGUCAAAUGGAUAAUCAUUUAGCUUGUGUAAACUGUGUGCGGUGGAGCAAUGGUGGCCGAUACCUGGCAUCGGGGGGCGAUGACCGUCUCAUUAUGGUGUGGGGACUGAGUGUUGCCCCAUCUGCUCCUGGUAAAAACAAGGCUGAGACAUGGAGAUGUUUAGCUACAUUAAGGGGACAUGCUGGGGAUGUUUUAGACCUUGCAUGGUCACCGCUAGAUAAAUGGUUGGCAAGUUGCAGUGUUGACAACACUAUAAUAAUAUGGAAUGCAGAGAAGUUCCCGGAAAUGGUUUGUGUACUGAACGGACAUAAGGGGCUAGUGAAAGGUGUUGCAUGGGACCCGGUCGGCAAAUAUUUGGCAUCCCAAUCUGAUGACAAGUCAUUAAGAGUUUGGAAGACUGCGGAUUGGGCACAGGAAACUGUUAUAACUGAACCAUUUGAGGAAUGUGGAGGAACAACGCACGUGCUGCGUCUGUCCUGGUCACCGGACGGUCAGUAUGUGUUGUCUGCGCACGCGAUGAACGGCGGCGGACCAACUGCACAGGUCGUGGAGCGGGACGGCUGGCGCUGCGACAAGGACUUCGUCGGUCACCGCAAGGCUGUCACCUGCGCUCGCUUCAACAACAACAUAUUCGUGAAGGAGGGCAAGAAGUGCUGCUGCGCGGCGGUGGGCUCCCGCGACCGCGCCCUCUCCAUCUGGCUCACCUCCCUCAAGCGACCUCUCGUUGUUGUGCAUGACCUCUUCACUGACAGCGUGCUCGACCUCUCCUGGAGCUCUGACGGUCUCAAUCUCCUGGCGUGCAGUUCCGACGGUACAGUCGCCUGUAUACAGUUUACCAAUAAAGAAAUCGGAACACCUCUAACACUUGAUGAAAAGAACGCAUUCUACGAAAAGAUAUACGGCAAAUGUUUAGUGAACGAAUCUGGAGGUGACUUGACAUCAAACUUGCUGGUGGAGUGCCCAGAGAUCCUGCUGGCGCGCGAGAAGCAGGAGGCCAAGAAGGAGGCCGUCAAGGAGGAAGUCACGCCCAAAAGUGAGAAGUCACAGAGCGUGCCCGCGGUGACAUCGCCGGCCGGCAGCACGGGCGGCAGCAUGGGCGCGCUGGCCAGCACGCCGCUGCGCCCCAUGGACAGACAGAUAGAGACGCGCACAUCCGACGGCAAGCGCCGCAUCACGCCCGUCUUCAUACCGCUCACCAAUGCUGACGCCAAUGAGUCGCUGGGCUCUCAGCCGGGCGGCGGUGAGCACUGUUUCAGUACUUCCUCGCAGAGCAAGUCGCGCAUCCGCGUCGAGCGGCGCGACGACAUCGUCAUACAUCCCAAUGUCAGCAACCACGCCACCUCGCACAACAACACCAGUAACAACAACAACGACAAUGGUUUGGAUCAGCGACUGCGCAAGCGCGGUGGCGGACAGCUGCCGGGGCCGCGCGCGGAUGAGCUUGCGGCGCGCGCGGGCGGCGGAGCUGCUGGCGGGGCCGCUGGCCCGGCGCGUGUCUCGCUGCCCGCACCCGUGCUCGGCGCGGCCGGACCUGUCGUCAGAGCCGCGGGCGCGCUGCGACUACAGGUUGUUAAUAAGGCAUGCAACACACAAUACGGCACUCUGUCGCGUCUGCAACUCAUACCUAACAACUCCGCAUCAAACGAUCCCGUUUGGGAAACGUAUUUGGGUUCCCCGGUGACGUGCAUAGCGUGCGACGCGCGCUGGGCGUGCGUGUCGUGCGCGGACGGCACGCUGCACGUGUGGCGGCUGGGCCGGCCGCACGCCAGCCGCGCGCUGCCACCCAUCGCUCUGAUGUCGCAGGCGGCCAAGAUGACGCUGUCGGGCGAUACGCUGCUGCUGGUGACGACGUCUGCUGAACUCGCCAUCUGGGACCUCGACAACGCCGCUUGUAUCAUACGGCCGCUGUGCUUCAGAAGUCUCUUGUCCCAUGGAGUGGCGGUAUCAAAUUGUUCCCUGCUGGAGGACGGCAACCCGAUGAUCUCACUCAGUAACGGAAGGAGUUAUAUUUACAGCCAGAAAUUAUGUGCUUGGGUGGUGUGGAGCGAGGCGGGUGACCCAGUGCGGCGUGCAGGCGGGGGCGCGCGCUCCGUGCUGGGUGCGCAACGUCCGCGCCGCGCCCCGCCCCCGCACGCCGCGUACACGCCCCACGCGCCGCACACGCCCGCCGCGCACUCGCUCGGACCACACGCCGCCAGCAGCAGCUACGCGACGGGCGCGGCUCGCAGCUGGCUGGAGGCACAGCUGGCCGCCUGCUUGCAUCUGCGCCUCGCACCCGACUACCGUUACUGGCUCUCAUCUCUUUUUACACAUCUGCUCAGCUACGGAAACGAAGAGCAAUUGCGCGGCAUACUGGAUGAUCUCCUUGGACCUAGCCACUGCACGUCCGUGCCAAAGAAGUGGCAGUCCAAUGUUCUAGGUAUUAAGAAGCACGACUUAUUAGAGGAGAUGUUAUCGCUGCUGGUGAAGCAGCUGCGGUGGCAGCGGCUGUACACGGAGUACUCGGAGCAGCUGAGGAACGUGCGUGCAACGCCGGCGCUAAACGGCCACUGACAUCGGAGGCACGUACUGUGCAUCUGCGAGGCCCCGCCUCCCGUGCACCCCGCGCCCCCCGCGCGCACGGACACGCCCCCCGGUGCGCAUCACUAAGACAUGUGAAAUGUUGUGAUCUGAAUGUGUGUAAUUCUAAUUGCAAGUCAUGCAAUUGAAUUGUUUAAAAGUGAAGUGUUGUGAUCUAUGUAGAGGAGUGAGCAGGCAAUGUGUGAGAUAAUCUUUGUGGGUGAGUAUUUCCUACGAUUGUGUUCAUAGCAUUUUUUAAAAGAAGAUGUCUCAAAAUUAUCCUAAAUUGAUUUUGAUGAAAUUUAAUGGUUGUUAUAUAUUGUAAUUAUUAUGAAUUCUAUUUUAUUAAUUGUAAAUGUGUGAACAAAUUGAUAUCUAUGUGAUUGUCUUUUGUAUUUAGAAAAGAAUGUCUGCAUAUUGCGACACAACAUACACUGCCUGAAUAAAUGAUGCCAAUAUGCGUUUUAAGUAAUUUAGUUGAGAAUCGAAAUUUUUAAUGAUCUUAGAAUACUAAAUGUAUUAUUAUGACUAAAUUUGUAUAUAUUUAUAUAAUUAGAUAAAAUAAGCAUCAUGUCUAAAGGAUUAGAAGGAAAAAAUCAAAUGCUUUUUUAAUAGUCACAUAAAGUACCUUGUUUAUUUGAUCUUUUCUUGUUCUAUCUUUAUUUUUUAUCAUCAUCAGAACUACACUUAGUCCAGUUUUCUUUUGGUUAUUUUCUUUCCUUUUCAAUCAACUGACGGCUUUGGUGAGAGAAGUGUAAAUCAUUUCUCAGAUUGUCAAGGGUAUAGGUAUCACUAUUUACAUUUUAAUAUUAAAAAUAUAGUUCGAUAAUAAAAAAUAUCAUUCUAAUUUAAGUGAAUCCAAAAGUUCCUGUAUCUUCAGUUGUGAAAAUUUAUAUUUUUUAAUCUGAAUUUCUAGAGUAGCUGUGAUUUUCUGAGGCCAUAUUUAUAUUUUAGAUGGAUUUUGUUCUCGGAAACCCACAGUUAGUGGUGCUUUUAACACAUCUCUUGAAAUUACAAGGUUAUUUUUAAGUGAGAAAUUUGUUUUUUUUUUUGUUAUUUUCAAUAUAUGGUAUACCGUUAGGUGACAAAAUUGACGACUUUCAUCACAAGGUUUUUUUUUUAUUUACUUAUAUCUUAAAUAUAAAUGUGUUAGGAAUCCUUUAUCAAAUAUAAUAUUUAAUUUUCAUAAAAAUGUAAGCCUCAAAAACCUGUCCUAAACAGUUGAAAUUUAUAUAUUAUUGUAUUAGAGCUUCUAAAAAGAUGUAAUUCGCUUGUUAUGACUAAAUAUAUAUAUUUUAGAAUAAUUUUUAAGUUGUGUUCUUUGUGUUUUGUGUUAUAAAAUAAUUUGCUGGUCUUUUAAAACAUAUGAACUGCAUCUUAAAGUAUUCAUUGUGUAAGUCACUAAAUAUAUUGUGAUUUUUAAUCACAUUAUUAUAGAAUUAAAAGAAAUCGGUCUAAAAUUAGU